AUGGCAGGCCAAGCUCAGGCGACGCGGCUGCAGCCUCCCACGAUGGCAUCGUUCGUGCCGCUGCUGCACAACGCUUGCAAGCACGACGUCCGCCACCACCUCAACACGAUGCCCGCCACUUGGUCCGGCAGCACCACCAACAACGUUAGCGCCACGGGUGCGAUGGCCGCAGCAACUUUCGGCAGCACCAGCAAUAGCAACGCCGCCCCAAGCGGUGCGACUGACAUGGCCUCCUACCUCCAGCAGCUGCAGGACAUCGCGGCCGCCAAGAGUAGCGGCGGCGGCGGUGCUGCGCGUGGGGAGCAGUGCCCGCGGUGCGCGUCGCACGACACCAAGUUCUGCUACUACAACACGUCGCAGCCGCGGCACUUCUAUCGCGCGUGUCGGCGCUACUGGACACUGGGCGGGUCCCUCCGCAACGUGCCCAUCGGCGGGUCCACGCGCAAGCGCCCACGCCUGGUGCACCCGCAGCAGCACGCCAGGCGCGACGGCGGCGCGCCGCCGCCGCCGCUGAUGAUGCUGCCCUCUUCGUCGACGCCGUCGCAGGGACAGGGCGGCGGCGGCCUCCUCGGCUCGAUGUUUGCGCUCGGCGCCGCGGGGCUGCUGCUUGAAGGCCGCGGCGCGGGGUCAUCCUUCGACUUCGACUUCGACCUCGGGCUCGGGCUCCCGACCGGGCCCUUGCACCUCGGCGCUGGCGCGGGCGCGGGCGCCGGCGAGGCGGCCGCCUUGCAAAUGCAAGGACUCGGGCUCAGGGGAGGUGGCUCCGCAGCCGGGUCGUCGGCCUUCCUCUGGCCCGCUGGGGCCGGGAUGCUGGUGGACAACGACAGCGUGGACACGUGGAAGUUGCAUCGCGUGAGCGAUGCAUGA